UCCCACCCAAUUUGACUGUUCCUCAAGAGAAGUCCCCACUGGUGACGCGGGAAGGGGACACGAUCGAGCUGCAGUGCCAGGUGACCGGGAAGCCCAAGCCCAUCAUCCUCUGGUCCCGAGCGGACAAGGAGGUGGCGAUGCCGGACGGGGCGAUGCAGACAGAGAGCUACGAUGGGAUCCUGAGGAUUGUGAACGUGUCCAGGGAGAUGACGGGGACCUACAGAUGCCAGACUAGCCAGUACAACGGGUUCAAUGUGAAACCCAGAGAAGCUUUGGUGCAGCUCAUUGUACAGUACCCCCCUGCAGUGGAGCCCACCUUCCUGGAGAUUCGGCAAGGUCAAGGCCGGAGCAUCACCAUGAGCUGCAGGGUCCUGAGGGCAUAUCCCACCCGGGUCCUCACCUAUGAAUGGCGCCUGGGUAGCAAGCUGCUGCGCACCGGGCAGUUCGACGUGCAGGACUCCACCGAGUACACAGUCAGCAGCCUUUCCCGUGACAGCUACGGCAUCUACAACUGCAACAUCAUCAACGAGGCGGGCGCUGGCCGGUGCAGCUUCCUGGUGACAGGCAAAGCCUAUGCUCCCGAGUUCUACUAUGACACCUACAACCCUCUGUGGCAGAACAGGCCCCGCGUCUACUCUUACAGCCUCCAGUGGACACAGAUGAACCCCAACGCUGUGGACCGCAUCCUCGCCUACCGCUUGGGGAUCAGGCAGGCUGGACAACAGCGUUGGUGGGAGCAGGAGAUUACGGUGAAUGGAAAUAUUCAAAAGGGAGAACUAAUUACCUACAACCUUACUGAGCUGAUCAAGCCAGAGGCAUAUGAGGUCCGUCUAACGCCCAUCACCAGAUUUGGAGAGGGGGACUCAACCAUUCGAGUCAUCAAAUACAGCGCUCCAGUAAAUCCACACCUACGAGAGUUCCACUGCGGGUUUGAGGACGGGAACAUCUGCCUUUUCACUCAAGACGACACGGACAAUUUUGACUGGACAAAACAAAGCACUGCCACCAGAGACACAAAGUACACCCCAAACACGGGCCCCAAUGCGGAUCGCACGGGCUCCAAGGAAGGUUUCUACAUGUACAUUGAGACGUCGCGCCCCAGGCUAGAAGGAGAAAAGGCCAGACUUGUUAGUCCACUGUUCAGUGUCGCCCCAAAAAACCCUUACGGAGCUACAAACACAGCCUAUUGCUUUAGCUUCUACUAUCACAUGUAUGGACAGCACAUAGGGAGCUUGAACGUUUACCUGCGGCUGAAAGGCCAGACCGCCAUAGAAAACCCCCUGUGGUCCUCAAGUGGAAAUAAGGGGCAGCACUGGAACCAAGCCCGUGUUAAUAUAAACCCCCCAACUUCAUUUCAGCUCAUAUUUGAAGGGAUCCGGGGCCCUGGCAUUGAAGGGGAUAUUGCUAUUGAUGAUGUAUCGAUUGUGGAAGGAGAGUGUAUGAAAUCAGACCAACCGGCCAACAAUUUACGAUCAGGUGCUGUUGGGACAUUAGCGCAUAUACGACUUAUCCCAGUUAUCAUCCUCAUGUCUGUCUUAAGUCAUCAGAGGUGACCUUAUUCUGGCAGAGGCUACAAAAGAUUCACCAGGCACUGGCAUGAAGAAAGAGUCUUUGUAAAAUGGACAUUUAAAAACAAACUACCAAAGAUUCCUCCACUGACUGACUCAAAAGUUAAAUAAAUACAUAAAUAAAUUAAAAAAAAAUUAAAAAGCACUGGGGACAUAAAAGGCAUCAUGGGAGUGUAACUCACUAUGAACCACGCGUGAGAACGAAAUCUGGCCUAAGUAAGGAAGAGACCUUCAGGUGCUUUUGUGGUCAAUAAUGAAUACAGCAUCGUCUGGUUGAACUCUCGGAAAAGAGCUAUAGAAACCCUUGUCAAAGCACAAAGUCAUGGCUGGUUUUGUUUCAAAUGAAUAGUUUGCUUGUUACCAUGGAAACGUAAUGGCCUGCCAAAAAAAAAAAGGAAGGAGAGAGAGAGAGGAAAUAAAAACAAAAACAGAGAGAGAGAAACACCUCACUGUAAACAGGGUAUGUGAAGAGCUGGCAUUCAUCUUCCCUUCAAGAAGGUUUUUAGUAUAGAGUUAAAUAAAUGUAGGCCCUUUCUACUUUGGCUGUCACCUCCCCUAGAGAAUAACCCUAAAUCAGAGCUGUUUUAAGACAUUUGUUUCAUUUCUCAUGGCUAUGCUCGAUAACUGUAUGCUGUCUCCUUUUUGCAUGCAUUACUAUCCAGGAUGUGCAACCUGGGCUUACAUAUUACACAGGCUUCUCGGAGUUUGCUUGCGGCCACUUGAACACCCCUCUCCCCUUCCCAACUAAGUCAUCUGUUCUAAUGAAGUGAAGAAACCAAACCACCGUCUUUUAUAAAUUGCCAUGGAAACCAAGUGCCUUCAAUGAAACAAGCCUGAUUUAAAAAUAA